UCAAAAAGAAGGACAGAGAGAGAAGGGAAGAGGAGAUCCAGAGAACAAGCAACUUCUCUACUGUCUUCAUUGCUUAGAGAGAAGCAAAGGAGAGAGAGAGAGAUGGGGGGUGACAGGAAGAUUGGCGUGGCGGUCGACUACUCGAGCAGUAGCAAGGUGGCGCUGCAGUGGGCGGUGGACAACCUUCUGCAGAAGGGGGAGACGCUGUACGUCCUUCACGUCAAGCACGGCAAGGGCGAAGAGGUUCGCAACACCAUGUGGUUGCAGUCCGGCUCUCCGUUGAUUCCUCUGAGCGAGUUCAGGGAACCGGCUUCCAUGAAACAGUAUGAAGUCGAAUCUGAUGCAGAAGUCUUGGACUUGCUUGAUACUGCUUCAAGGCAAAAGGAGGCGACAAUACUGGCGAAGAUAUAUUGGGGCGACGCGAGGGAAAAACUGUGUGAGGCUGUGGAGGACCUGAAGCUCGAUUCCUUGGUGAUGGGCAGUCGAGGGCUUGGACCGAUCCAAAGGAUCUUGCUGGGAAGUGUGACAAAUUUUGUUCUUUCACAUGCAUCAUGCCCUGUGACCAUAGUGAAGGAUCCUAAGUUCAAGCCAUGAGGGAUUGACUUUGCUUUUAGAAGACAAUUAAUAAAUCAUUAAAUAUAUGGUUUUUUUAAAAUUUCAUUUGGACAGUUUGAUUGCAGUACAUAAUAAGCCGUCCAUCUGUAGCAUUCUUCAGAUUGUUGAUGGUCGGUUCAUUCUCUAUGUAUAGCAGAUCAAAAUGUGGAGUAUUGUUGUUAUACUUUAAUGUAAUGGAAUAUGAUGGUCUAUGUCGAA